GUUUAGGAAGAAGGACUCCGACCCACAGCGAGGCGCUGCGCUCCAGCAGAGCGGCCCUACGGCACUGUGGUGUUACGUAGCUCUUACCCUGCUGUGUUGGGUAAAUCUGGCUGUAUGAAAGCUACAAUAAUGGAGAACUGCGCUCUUUCUUUAGCCUCUCUCUGGGUUUCAGUCUUAUUAUCAUCUAUGUGUCAUUUCUCUUUAGGCUCAGAAAUACGCUUCGUCACCUGUGGCUCGGUUGUUAAGCUGCUCAACGUGAAGCACAACGUAAGACUACAUUCACACGAUGUUCGGUACGGCUCUGGUAGUGGUCAGCAGUCAGUGACUGGAGUGACCACAGUUGAAGACAGCAACAGCUACUGGAGUGUCCGUGGGACAAGUGGUGCAGUGUGUCACCGAGGGACCCCUGUAAAAUGUGGCCAAAACAUAAGGCUUACACAUGUUAACACAGGACGAAAUCUGCACAGUCACUACUUUGCAUCUCCACUCUCUUCCAACCAGGAGGUCAGUGCCUUUGGAGAGGAAGGCGAGGGCGACAACCUUGAUGAGUGGACUGUACUUUGUGGAGGAUCUACGUGGCAAAGAGACGAGUCGGUGCGUUUCCGCCACACUGCCACAGACGCUCUGCUUUCAGUAACAGGUGAGCAGUAUGGCAGACCCAUCCACGGCCAGAGAGAAGUACAUGCCAUGACCAGCACCAGCCAACAUAGCUACUGGAAGGCCAUGGAGGGUAUUUUCAUGAAGCCCAGUGAGACAGGGCCCAGGGACUUCAGCAGUCUUCCACACACUGAGUUUUGAAUGGUUUCUUCAACAAUCAAUUUGUUUGACAGCACAGUAUUUUCUUCAUUUGUAAUGUUUUAUUUCUGCUACAGAAUACUUGUUCAUUAAAUUAUACCUCAUAUCAAAACACUUGAAAUACAAGAAUUUCCUUGUGACAAUUAUUCUUAAAAAUAUAUACAUCAAUAUCACUACAGAAUGCCUGGGUUACAUUAACUCUGCAGUCUAUGAUUCGUUUUACCAUGCCUCUGUUUCUGAUUGCAUCUACAAGGUGGACAGUGAGUGGACACAAUUAUCCGUGGAACUGGAAAAUAAAUAAUGGUGUAGGAACAAGGAAAAUAUUAUGCUUGAACUGUCUAUUCCUGCUAAAAAAAACUUAUUCUGCUAGGCUAACUGGUAAAUUAGCUCUUUUCUUCUCUGGAUGACCAGCUAGUCUUGAGCUGUUUUUUUUAGCAGUGAUGAUUGUAUGAGAAAACUAGUGUCUGAAGCAACAAGCAACAUGUUUUCACUGUGCUUGCAGUGGAACAUCUGUUUGUAAAACAUUAUUCUGUGAUAGUGUUCAAAGGAGGAGAUGCAUUAAGGUAACAGACAGUCCUGGCUGGACAAGGCAAUAUGUGGGAACUGCAAGUAAUGUAGGAUAUUUUCUGUUAUUAAGAAUUUCACACAGAUCAUUUACAGGGUAAAUACAGUGUUUGAUGUUUAAUUCAUUGUGCUAAUCAAGGCAACGAGAAAGCAGAAACAUACAUUUACAGAUUUACAAAUAGACUUAAUAGAAAUAUGUAGUAUAGACAUGUAACAUUUCCCAUACAUGUAUCCCCAUACAACAAAACUUACUACACAACUCCCAAAGAAAACCCUCAAACCCACAAAACAUUUCAGUGCAAAAAUGCAAAUCAGUAUGCAUAUUCAUAUCUAUAUAUACUGUAGUAAAUUCUUAAACAAAACAAUUUUUUAUUGAAAAAUAAAUCAGCAUAAUGCAUGUUUUAUAAUCCAUGAUUAAUCAAUGUUCAUACAUUUGACCUAAGCUAAUGAGUUGGAAAAAAACAAAACAAAAUCCCAGUCUUUCCUUAACUGAAGGCAAAAUGACCAACCUGCUGCUGCCUUCCUGCUGUCAACCUCCUACGCUAAGGGCUAAGAAUUACAGUAUUUGUUUUUAUUUUAGAUGUAAAAAUGUAUUUUAUAUCAAAAUCUGAAUGCUGACUAUGUGGAAGGGACUAGCAUUGGACACAUUUGCUCAUGUAAGUCUCCCUAUCCCUUAUUUAGACAUGCUGCUUGCAACAACAGUUCAUCGAUAGCAACUGUAUUUUAAAUCAAUGACAAAUCUGAAGCUGUGCUACUGGUCAAAGGUUUAAAAAUCCAUGAUUUAAUGUGUUUUCUAUAAUUUUAAUCAUAGGCUUUUAUCUUUUAAUUUCGCAUUAUUUAUUCAUUGAGUUUUGUGCUGAAAUGCUUAAAAUGAGUUUGAAAGACAUCCUCAGUUAAUUUAAGUUCAGUAGUGCUCAUCCAAGCACUCAGCAACAAGGUUGGUGUACCUGAACAUUUGACCAGUAGUGUAUAUCUCGCAUACAAAAAAAAUGAAGAAAGCUCAGUAUUUCUUUCUAAACAUGUCUGUAUACUUUGCUGUAUCUUUCUAUUGUUGGAUUUUCAACCAUUUAACAUCAGUAUUAAAAUAAAAUGAUUUUUUUUUGCA